AUGUCGACCAAAGACUUGGCCUUCUAUACGGAUGGCGACUAUGAAGACGACAUCGAGCUGCGGCUCUACGUUGUCCCCCUCAAAUCGUACCCGACGCCAAUGUUGGAUCCAUGGAGGUCAGAAUAUGCGGAUUCAUCAGUGGUACAGAGCCUCACUGCGCUUGAAUCCUUCGUUGUGAACGUGAAGUGGAACGGCCAGCUUGCCUUUUCGAGCCCUCAAGGCUCCGUUACCCCGUCCAGAGAGAUACCCGGUGAAACCAGGGUAAUCAUUGAGGCCGGACAAGAGACUACUCUCAGCAAGCAAGUCCCCGGUUCGCCUACGUGCUGCUUUACGUCACCUGUUUCUAUCUCAGAUCUCACCGUCGCUAGAGCAGUCAACGAGACAGGCCUCCCCGUACGCAUAUCGCUCGGGUACAUCACCGACUUCAAUACUCCGGAAGAGAUGGUUCAUCCGAAGAUUACAACGCCCACGCCGCUCGGCGUCCCAUCGCAGACACGGCAUGUAUGCUUCUGGCAACCUCCAACCCGUCAUUCGCGCCUACGUGGUGGUCAAGCCCGAGGGCCGCUCGUCCUACAGUAUUGGAAGCGCUAA